GGCUUCAUGGGGCUUAUUGCUUUAUAACCUCAUAUUCCUGUAGCUCAAACACCCUAAUCAUGCCGCUCGCAACACCAAUGUCAUGGGUUUGAUUCCCAGGAAUGCAUCAAAUGGAGUGAAGGAGCACAAGUGUCGCAUCUGUGGCCGGGAGUUCACGCUGCUGGCGAACAUGAAGCGACACGUUCUGAUUCACACCAACAUCCGAGCGCAUCAGUGCCAGCUGUGCUACAAGAGCUUCGUCCAGAAGCAGACGCUCAAGGCGCACAUGAUCGUCCACUCCGACAUCAAGCCCUACAAGUGCAAGCUGUGUGGGAAGGAGUUUAACCGAAUGCAUAAUCUGAUGGGACACAUGCACUUGCAUUCUGACAGCAAACCCUUCAAGUGUCUUUACUGCGCCAGCAAAUUCACCCUGAAGGGGAACCUGACGCGCCACAUGAAGGUCAAACACGGCAUCAUGGACCGAGGCCUGGACGCUGGCGUCUUCAGGAGACGAGGACGGCUGUGUCUCUCCGCUCCUCUGCGAGUCCUGUCCCGCAUCGGUCAGGAACAGCCCUUCGAUCUGUCGCAGAAGUCUCAGUCUGACGGCGCGAGCUCGGGCCGAGAAGAAGACGAGGACAGUCUGUACCGAAUGAGCCAGGACAGUCCUGACCUCUACAGGACCCCAGAAGAAGAAGAAGAAGAAGAAGAAGAAACCAGACGACAGCGAUAGAGAGGAGCACUUCUGAGGGACCACCAGACACAGACUCACAGACAAAUGUCAAAAGUGUACACAGAUCUACAAACACUGCCAAAAAAUGAAAAAUAGAAAAGAUCUAAAUGUUCUUGAAUCGAGGAGUUUUUUAGCCAUGAAACAUGUGCCAAAGUUAAGAGAGUUUAUGCUUAAAACUAGACAAAAUAUCUCCCAUUGGAGUCAGAAAAAUAAACUUAAUUAUAAUAAAGGAAACAAGUUUAUUCUGAUUGCCCCAAUGGAAAAUAUCAUUCUUGCUUUGAGUUAAAUUUUGAACAGUA